AUGCAGGCGACGCUCGCACCUCUCGGCAUCCGCGCAAGUCCGAGGAUGCUGGCGCCUCCUCCCGGCCUCGCUCCUCUUAUCUCUCCCUCCUACACCUCUCUUAUGGCUUCGGCGGCGACGAGUGUGACCUUGAACGACGCGGACAGCAGGAUCCAGUACUCUACCGGCUGGGCAACCUACAUCAAGGACCAAGGCGGCAUGAAUGCGACGGCAUGGUUCGGCAGCGACUUCCACUCCUGCGCCGCCGACAAUCCCUUCUACACUGCGCCUGCUUGCAACGCUACCUUCUCCUUCACCGGCCGGGAAGUUACACUUGUCGGCGACUUCAACCCGAGCCAGCAACGCUUCUACGUUAUUCUCGACGAUGCCCUCCCUUGGCGGUGGUACAACGCGUCGGCGCUGGCGCCGAACAUCCCGGUUCGCACUCCCGCUCUCAACUACAACCGCGUUCAGAUUCGCGGUCUUCCCUAUGGCGCGCACAAGAUCACCUUCGGCCAGGAUCGCAGCGACGUGAUGGCCAACGGUAUUACGCUGGACUCGGUGAACUACAACACGAACACGUCGGAGGAAUCUCCAGUCUGGACGAGCGACUUCAUCCCAGCCAAGCCCAAUCCCGCCUACAUGUACUCGACGCAAACUGUGGCGAAUCCGACACCAAGCGCGACAUCGUCUUCCAUCACGAGCGCGAUCUCAUCCACGACAUCGUCAGCCGCACCAUCCGCGACAAGCCAGCCUUCGCACUCGUCCUCGAACACCGUCGCACUCGGUGCGGGCCUCGGCGCAGGCUUGGGCGUCGCAGCGAUCCUCGCACUGACGGCGCUGCUGUUCUUCGUAAGGCGGAGACGGUCGAGCGGGACUUCGGUCGAUUCAAAGUCCUACGUUUCGAACGGACUGGACGUUCAUGGCGCUGCUCGAAGCGACUGGGGCGGUACCCAGCAUGUUCCCUCGCCUAGCACGUAUGCUCCCUCCGCCGGCAUUCCCGAAGUCCAGGAGCAGGCGCAUUCGCCUCUCUCGGCACAAGGCAACUCGCCAUACUACUCAUCGCGAUCGCAGAAGAACCUCUCGGUGGAAGGUCUCGACAGCCCCCUCACUUUCACCGCGCGAGGUCAACUCUAA